AUGUGCUCUCAUCCCACCACAGACUUGGUGAAAACAUACAAAGUUGCAGGCACAAUACCGUUACUGUCUCCAGUAGCAUUCUUUCCUAAGUUUCUUGCGCUUUUGAACAACUUUAUUGUCAGUAAGUGGCCGUCACAAGAGAAAUUAGCUAGUCUUGUUCGCCAUUUGGAUUCAAUCAAAGUCGAUGGUCGUAAGCACAAGUACGACAUCACUCUCAUACACGCCGAGGACGACUACGACAUUCCAACGGUGCAUUUGGAUGUCCUAUUCUGGCAUGGAGUCAACGCUACAUUGGAUGCCGGAUCAUCAAUGACGUUCGAAGAUCUGGAAAGAAGAAAGAUAGAUGACAGGGUUCCACCUGGUGCUGGCGGGUGGGAAAUGGACUGGCAAGGCAAAGGCGGUAUCAUCAGAGAGAAAGUAGUACAGCAUGGCCUACACGACAAGAUCAUGAGUUAUCCGGUCGUCAGCCUUGCGGUCGCUCGCGCUGUUCAAAGUUUGGAUGAACCCUAG